AUGUACUCCAUGGAGCGCAAGAUGCUCUCGUACCUGUCCUCGGUGGGGUACUACUCGGCGCAGAUUCCCCGGCUCGAGGAAGACCGCCGGCGGCCCUUCUACUUCCCCCCGGUGGCCGGGGUCAAUGUGUCCAACAUCUACGACACCGGCGGGUCCUACAUCCCGGAGAUGUCGGACGAGGACACCGACAACGAGUACGAGUACUACCUGAGCAGCGACAGCGAGGCCGGCGAGGACGACCCGGAGGACAGCGAGCCGCGCGUGCUCGACACCCCGGAGGCCCGGGCCGUUCGCGAGGCCGAGCUUCGCCAGCGCCUGCGCGACCGCGAAUACAACCUCCCCGUGUGGGAGGGCGGCAAGACCCAGGACCAGCUGGUGGAUCUGGCGGCGCUGGACUCGCUGACCCUGCGGAUGUUGAAUCUGACCUCCAGCCGGGGGCGGAAAUCACGCCGCCUGGCCCCGUCCAACCCCAUCCCCGUGAGUGUCCGGUGA